AUGAAGAAGUUCACGUUCAAAGGCGUUUUGGACGGUAUACGGUCCUCAGUGGCGCCGCAGAUCAAACCAGAUCAGGAAAUCGUCGAGACGCUCCGGCCCGACUACUUCCAGGUGGCCAAGACGUUUCGUCAUGGUUUUCCGUACCAGCCGACUGCUCUUGCAUUUGACCCCAUACAACGGUUGUUGGCCAUUGGCACCAAAAACGGAUCUUUACGAAUAAUUGGAAGGCCUGGAGUGGAUGCACAGGUUCGACACGAAUUAGAGGCGGCCGUCGUUCAGGUGGAGUUUCUGAUGAACGAAGGAGCGUUAAUCACGGUAACCGCUGACGAUAGUUUACACCUAUGGAAUUUCAGACAAAAAAGAGCUGACGUUGUCCACAGCUUAAAAUUUCAACGAGAAAGAAUUACAGUUAUACACCUCCCACUCCGUAGCAAGUGGCUGUACGUGGGUUCGGAAAGGGGCAAUGUACAUUUCGUCAACGUCGAGACGUUUACCCUUUCCGGCUACAUAAUAAACUGGAACAAAGCCAUCGAAGUGACCAGACCCACCCAUCCAGGACCCAUCGUGCACCUGAGCGAUAAUCCUGCAGAUUCCAGCAAGCUGCUCAUUGGCUUCGAGACUGGUCUGAUGGUGUUGUGGGACCUGAAGACAAAGAAACCCGAAUGCCGCUGGCAAUGGGGCGACUCGCUCAAGUCUAUAGAUUGGCAUUUCGAAGGAAAACAGUUUACGUGCAGUCACAACGAUGGCAGUCUAACCACGUGGAAUGUCAAGCCGUCAACAAAACCAGCAAAUAUAAUUUAUCCUCACGCAAAAAACAAAACGGAAUCAUGCAAGCCUAUUCAAAAAGUCGAGUGGAAAUCAUCGAAAUCCGGCGAAUCGUAUUUGAUAUUUUCCGGAGGGUUGACCGCCGAUACUGCUGGCCGCGUGCCCAGCAUAACGAUCAUGCACGGCAAAACGACUACCGUUCUCGAAAUGGACCACAACAUCGUCGACUUCGUUACGCUGUGCGAAAGUCCUUACAACAGCGACGUCCAAGAGCCGUACGCCGUAGCGGUGCUCAUGCAAAACGACCUGGUGCUGAUCGACCUGCUCAGCUCGGGAUAUCCGUGUUUCGAGAACCCACACCCGAUGGACAUUCACGAGUCACCCGUGUCGUGCGUCCAUUACAUCGCCGACUGCCCGUCAGACUUGAUACCGGCAUUCUAUUCGGUCGGUUCGAGGUCCGCGUCUAAGAGGACCGGCUAUAGCGAGAACAAGUGGCCCAUCGCCGGCGGUGAGUGGAGCCCGACGUCCUGCAGCUACAACGAGAUCAUUCUCACCGGACACACGGACGGCAGCGUACGGUUUUGGGACGCGAGUGCCGGCAGUCUGCAAGUGCUGUACAAACUGAAAACCGCCAAGGUGUUCGAAAAGGCCAGGUCAAAAUCGCUGGAAGGCGGUGACGAAGAUCAAUUUUCCGUGCAACUGUUGUCGUUCUGUCCGGAGAGCAGGAAAUUAGCCGUUGCCGGCAUCUCGUCGUACGUCGUGCUAUUCAAAUUCCGCAAACUCGAGUCCACGUUCGAAACCACGACACUCGAUAUACCUAUAUACUCGGAGAGCCUGGACGAGGCGGCCGAAAGCUCGCCCGAAGAAGCGCCGUCGAAACCACCGGGAGCGUCCGACGAAAGCACCGCGCUGGUCAAGGUCCGGACAGGGCCCCAGAAGAAACCGCCAGGCUUCCAGGCCUGUCUGGCGUGCGUGACGCCCUCCGCCAACGGCGAACCUCCCGGUCAGAUCACCGCGCUCACGAUUAAUUCAUCGUACGGACUGCUUGCCUACGGUCUGGACAACGGUAUUGUGAUAGUAGACUUUAUACAAAAAUGUGUUCUCCUAAACAUCAGCACUGCCGACAUGUACGGCAGUGCGGACCCGUACCAAAGGGCUCCUAGGUCGCCGAAACGAACGACCGCCUUGAGCGAGACCAGCGACGGCGAACGGUGCCGGUCCCCCAGUAUCGAUCAGGGCCUCGAAGACGAAGCCGAGGAACUGGAAGAACUCAGCAAACUGGCCCUGAGCCCGGUCGGCGUGUACUCGACCCAGGUGUCGCCGAACCCCGCCAACCCGGAUUGGCUGGACGACGUGACCGAGCGAGCGGAAGAGGCGCUCGUCCUGAUCCCGGCCGCGGCGCCGGAACCCGGGGAACCGGUGGAACCGGGAGAACCGCCUCCGCCGCAGCAGCCCACGGCGGUGACCGUGGCUUCUUCGGAACCGGCCACCCCUGCGCCGGUCAAGGGCAACGGCCGUCGGACCAGUCACUCGUGGCGAGGCCUGAAGAAACAGCUGAGUCGCGUCGACUUGAGACUGAAGAAUACGUUUAACGCGACGCCCGCCAAGAACAAGGCGUCCACGUUCUAUGGCACCGGCGAACAACCGGAAACCGACGAAGCCGGAAGCGUCGGCACGACCACAACCACCACCACCACCUCCACCACCACCUCCACCACCACCAACUCUGCUACCACCACGUUCACGACCACCACGGCCACGACCACCGCUACCACCGGCCGUCUACCUCAAAUCAUAACCGAAACUGAUGGCCAAGAGCAUCGGCUAGACGGCGGUGGCACGCAGUCGGCGGCCCGCGACCAGUCGUCCACCUCGGCCGCGGCCACCAGACCCACGGAGCUCAAGCUGUUCGACCGCGAUGGCAAGCCCAUUAAACCCCCCCGGUCAACCAAAGAGCACCGGAAACGGACGUCGCUGGACAAGCAGGGCAACCUGACCGCGGGGUCGUCGCGGGACGCCCGACUCUUGUCCGUGCCCAACAUCAAGUACAGCCAAAGGGACCCAAAACAUAACCGGUCGAACAACCAAGCGUUCAUCAACCUCAUUAAACGACUAAACAAGUUGGACAGCUCGUUCUCCAGAUCGCGGAGUUCUAGCAUGUCGAGCUUAGACAACAUCACCACGGAGUCGAUACAGUGUUUGACGUUCGGCGAUUCGUACACGAAGAAAUCCGAUCCGUCUAACUUCCCGACCCUCUGGAUAGGCACCAGCGUGGGAUCGGUGCUCACCAUAAUGAUCAAUCUACCACCCUCCGGAGAGCCCAGGACCACGCAGCCCGUAACCGUCGCUCCUUGUGGUACGAUAUUCAGACUGAAGGGCGGAGUGCUUACCAUGUCGUUCUUGGACUGCAACGGCGCAUUAAUACCCUACGCGUACGAAGCGUGGAGAGACGAAGGCCGAGACAAACAAAAAACGCCGACCAAAAACUCGAGCGGGCUGAACCGCAUGUCGCCGGCACUGACGGGGAGCUCGGAGAGCGUGUCCAGUAACCCCGGCGGUGGCGGAGGCGUUGGCGGUUCGGGCUCCACGCAGCUCCAGCAACAGUCGCAGGUAUCGUGCGACCGGCAGUUCGUGACCAUCGUCAGCGAGAAACAGGUCAGGGUGGUGGCCCUGCCGUCGCAAAACUGCGUCUCCAAACAUGUGAUACCCGACGCCGACUUCAUGGUCAAAUCCGAAGUCAUAUCCAUGAAAGAUAGCGUAUGCCUGGCGUGUUACAUAUCCAACGGCCACAUAAACAUCUACAGCCUGCCGAGUCUCAAGGUGCUGGUGGACGUCGACUUCCUGGCGCUCUCCGAUCUGAGAAUUGCCAAGACGUUUUGCUUCAGUAAUCGGGGACAUGGACUGUUUUUGAACACGCCGUCAGAGGUGCAGAGAUUUUCCGUUUCCACCGAAUUCUGCCAAAGUCUACCGGAAAUGAUGGGUGAACUGUUCCAACCGCACGAGAUGCCCGAACCGCCUAAGCAAAGUUUCUUCAUUGGACUCUUUGGAGGUGGCUCUAGAUCCAUCGACCGUGAAGAACUGUUCGGCGAGUCCACCAGCGGUAAAGCACCGAAACUAGUGGCCAAACUCGUACCCGGCCCGUCGGCCCAACUGGACGCGUUGGGAAACCGGGCGAGCACGGCGGCCAGCGAGAUAUCGAGAGCCCAUCUAUUGGCCGUGGAACGUGGCGAGAAGCUAAGCAACCUGGAGGACCGCACCGCCAGGAUGAUGAACGAAGCCGAACAGUUUUCCUCCAACGCCCGAGAGCUGAUGAUGAAGAACAGGGACAAACGAUGGUAUCAACUGUAG